GUUCAGUUGAUUUAGUUUUGUGUGACUCCUGAAAGAAGAAUAAAGAGCAAUUGUAAUUCCGUGUGAUAUAUUUUGUUUUAAAAAAAUUAUUUUUUUUUCUUUGCACAUCUUUCAGUAUAAUAAACGAAGAAUAUAUUCCUACAACAAAUUUAUUACUUUCAAUUUGAUACCAACCAAUUUUUCUACCAUUUAAACGGGCAAAUUUGUACAUUUAACUUGAUUUUACUGAACUUUUUUUAUCAUUUUCCAUAUACAUGAGAAGAGCAAAAAAGUUUUUUUUGUGUAUCUUCAUAAUAUAUAAAUUUAUAUAUAACAAAAAAUGAUAUAAAUUAAAGUGAUACCAAAACAUACAUGUAUUAAUCGUUCAAAAAAAAAAAAAAUUGGCAACACAGCAGAAUUUGAACAGUGUGUUUUUCCAUAAUAAGGCAUAUCAAUUUCGUGACAAAUUACAAGAAUUUACUAAUUGUAAAGGAAGAAAAGUUUUAACCAUAAAGAGAAACGUUUUCCAAGAAUAUAAUAUUCAAAACGAAACGCAACGCAACACAAAAAAAAACACUCUCGGUUUGUCGCUCAACAAAAUACUAUGAGCCUUCUGUGCACCGAGAAGGUACGAUCGAAUAAUCGCAGUGAUACCGUCUUAACAGUGCCUAUGGAAAAAAUAAAUACGGCAUGUCCAGACCCAACAUUUCUAGCCGAUCGAUGUCUGGAAAAUUUGCUACGAGCUGAGAACAAUGUGUCCCAAGACAAAAUUUUCAAAUAUUUCAAUGAACAAUCGGAUAUUACGCCGAAAAUGAGGAAAAUCGUCGCUGAAUGGAUGAUGGAGGUUUGCGAAGAGAACAAUUGUCAGGAGGAGGUAUUUCUGCUAGCUUUAAACUAUAUGGAUCGAUUUCUUGCAUCGACCGAAUCAACACUAGAACACGUACAGAAAAAUCAUUUACAAAUUUUGGCCGCAGCCUGUUUGCUAUUAGCUUCAAAACUACGCGAACCAGGAUGCCUGGGCCUACCCGCUGAUCUUUUAGUAUUCUAUACAGAUAAUAGCAUUACACGGACGGAUUUAAUACAUUGGGAACUAAUUGUCCUCAGUCGAUUAAAAUGGGACAUAUCAUCAAUAACACCACUCGAUUUUUUAGAACUACUUUUAAGCCGUCUACCAAUUACGCAUAGAAAUUGUACUGACAUCAAUCUUGAUAAGAUAAGAAAACACGCUCAAGCAUUCAUUUCGUUAGCAGCAAGAGAACACAACUUCUUCGUGUAUUCGUCCAGUAACAUAGCCGCGUCGAGUAUUGCAGCUUCAUUAAAUGGAAUGAAUUGGCAUAGAAGAACCGGAAUCACUUCGAUGGAUCUGUAUAAUUUGCUAACAGAUUGGACAGGUCUAAAGCAGGAGGACAUUCGGGACUGUAUGCACGAAAUGGAAGACGUGUUUGAAAAGCAAUUUCAACAUCAUUUACCUGCCUCCUAUUGCAUCAAUAUAACAGCACAAAAUAUUAAGCAAAAUAAUAUUAUCGAACCUCCCCAGUACACACCAAACGAUAACAAACACUCCAAAUCUCAAACGAGAACUCCAACAGACGUUCAGGACGUGAAACUUUAAAAGGGUGACAAAAUCAACUCUUUACUGUAUUCUAAUGGUCUAAGGGGUGUUUAAGUAGGGUAAGAAGAAAUCUUAUAUGAUUGAGUCAUGUAGUAUUUUCCUGUAAAUAUUUAGAAUGUAGAAAUUUUUAUCUUUUUUCGGUUCAUCCGUUAGUAAUGAAGGUAAUGAAGGUGCUGAGAAUGUUAAUAUAAUAUUCUCUGAAACUAAAGAAUUUUUCAUAAAAGAAAAUGAAACAAAACAAAAAAAUUUCGGUUACGAUUCUGAUAUCUAGUAUUUCGAGGAUUUCGAAUUUUAUUUCACUUGACAAAUGAAAGAAAUAAUUUUGUUUUUGACUCGCUCGAUUACUCGCACAUUCAUUAACUUUUCACUGAAAACAAAUUUUGGGUAAAAAUCUAAUCGAUUAAUUUUAAGAGAAAUUUAACAAGAUUUUUAGAUCAAGAUGCACAAAAGGCAAUGAAAGAUAUGUGAAGAAUGCGAAAAAAGAAGAAAGAAAUCAAAAUGCAAAAAACUUUAAUUUUUUUUUUAGAUUUUAAGGAUUAAAAAAGCGAAAUGUAAAAUAGAAACUGAAAAUAUUUGAAAAGAGAGAAAAACCAACAAGUAAACAAACAGAAAUAUGAAAAAACUUUAUUAUAUAUAAUGCAAUCCGUGAUGGGGGAAGGCAUUACGCUAAUGUUUUAAAAGACGAAUAAAAAUCCCAUGAAAAAAAA